UAAACCAUUUGAACAUGCUUGGUAAUCAUGUUUUGCACAGAUUAUUUUAGACGGUUUGUUUGAUCAAUAGAAGAUAUAUACGAAAUUUAUCAUGUUACUGACUAGGAACAUAACGAAUGGUUUUUUUAGAAUUAUAUCUAGUGACUCUGUAUUAAAUAUUAUAAACAGAUAUUCAAGACAAGAUAUCUACGUGCAAAGUAAACGAAAUUUUGUAGGUUAUUUCGUAUUACGUCGUGGGAAAUGUUCAAGUAAAAACACUGAUUUGAAAGCGAUAGAUCAUAAAUUAAUAGUAAACUUUAGCUCAGACGGCAGCAAAGGAUAUUCAACCGACACAGAACUCACAUCUAUACAAUUUGAAAAAGUUACAGAUGAAACACUUGAUUCAUUAACAGAGUACUUUGAUGAAUUAAUUGAACAGUCACCGCAUUUAACAGAUGCAGAUGUGUCUUAUGGAGAUGGAGUAUUAACUGUUAAAUUUGGUAAAUCAUAUGGUACUUAUGUUAUAAAUCGCCAAACUCCAAACAAGCAAAUUUGGCUUUCUUCUCCAAAAUCUGGUCCAAAACGUUACGAUUUUGUGAAUGGUAGAUGGGUCUAUAAACAUGAUGGAAAGACAUUACAUGAAUUACUUAAUGAUGAAAUACCAGCAAUCAUAAUGAAUCCAACAUGCUUUCAUAAGUGUUCUUUUAGUGGUAAAGAAAAAGAAGCUAUGUUGGACAGUGUUUAA